GGAUCAGGGCAGAUGCACAGCCACCAGGCAGGAGCGACUCUGUUCAGCUACCAUGGAGCAAGAAGACAAAGCUCUGACUGGAGACACGUACAAGCUGGGGCAACAGAAAUCCAGGAGCAGAUUCAUGAAAAAGGUAGUUCUUUUUUAAAGAAAAACAAGGAGGCAAAGAGGAGAGGACAGCGACAACAGUGAACCUACUCAAGUAUCUAUUCAUGAGGAUGAAGCCACAGUUUAUUUUCAAGUGAAUCAGUCCAGAAUAACGUAAAGAAAAUGUAUCAUGGGACCCAAGUGCUGAUAACAAAUGCAAGACAGACCUGAGCUCAUACUGCCUCCCUGUCCAGCAACAGUACGUUAAUGGUUGGAACUGCCCGCCCCAACCUACAUUACUGCCCUCGCAGACACAGCCUGAUGAUCACCGGUGCCAUGGGAGCGGUGCGGGUCAACAGAUACAGCAUCGUUUCCACAGAUGAAGAUACCCUGAAGAUCUCCAGCCUGGGCCUCCACAAUGGCCAUAGUCCUCUGACUCAGCAGACACUUUCAGGGGCUUGUGUGCGAGGUGAGGAAGGAGGUGGAGGAGAGGUGGAGGAGAGGUGCCCCGGAAGUGAUGAACGAAGAGGAGCGUUGUCUUUGAGGGUGACCAAUGAACCCAUCGUCCAUAAAAGCUGUCGUGCUUCCCCUUCAUGUCGCCUGGGCCUGGAUCUGAGCACUGGCCGUCUGCGCAGCCGCUUUGUGAAGAAGAAUGGCCAGUGCAAUGUUGUUUUCAAUAAUAUGGAGGACAAGCCACGACGAUACCUGGCUGACAUUUUCACCACCUGUGUGGACAUACGUUGGCGCUAUCUACUGCUCAUCUUCACCACCACCUUCCUUCUGUCUUGGCUGCUGUUUGGUCUGAUCUUCUGGGGUGUGGCGCUCGCUCACGGAGACUUUUCCCUUCACAUCCCUCUGAAGGAUGAAGAUCCUCGGAGUAUUGCAGAGGAAGGAAAAGAUGAGUGGAGGCCAUGUAUUCUCCACAUUCAGGGUUUUAUUGGGGCAUUCCUAUUCUCCAUAGAGACACAGACCACCAUUGGAUAUGGUUUCCGGUGUGUCACUGAAGAGUGCCCAAUCGCUGUGGUGACUGUGGUGGUGCAGUCCAUCGUAGGCUGUAUUAUUGACUCCUUCAUGAUUGGCACCAUUAUGGCAAAGAUGGUGCGACCAAAAAAGCGGGCUCAGACCUUGCUGUUCUCACAUCAUGCUGUCAUUUCCCUGCGUGACGGCAAGUUGUGCCUCAUGUGGCGCCUUGGGAACAUGCGGAAGAGCCACAUUGUUGAAGCCCAUGUGCGUGCUCAGCUCAUCAAGCCGCAUGUCACUGCAGAGGGUGAGUACCUCCCUUUGGAGCAAACAGACAUUGAUGUCGGCUAUGACGAUGGGCUAGAUCGAUUAUUUCUGGUGUCGCCAUUGGUAGUGGUCCAUGAGAUUAACAAGAACAGUCCUCUAUAUAACCUGAGCCGCAGUGACCUGCAGAAAGAGGACUUUGAGAUUGUGGUCAUCCUGGAGGGCAUGGUGGAGGCCACAGCUAUGACCACUCAGGCCCGUAGCUCCUACUUAGCCAAGGAGAUCCUUUGGGGUCAUCGCUUUGAGCCAGUGCUGUUUGAGAAAGGUGACCGCUACCAUGUAGACUAUUCCCGCUUCCAUAAGACCUAUGAAGUGCCAUCUACACCUCACUGCAGUGCCAGGGAACUGAGCCAGAUGAUGGGUCGAAGCGGGCAGUCCUCCACCUCCAGCUCAAGUUAUUCCAGGUCUCCAUCACCGUUUGCCCCAAGAGUAGCCCGGCACCUACUGGGCUCUCACUCCCCAAGCGCUUUCUGCUACGAGAAUGAAGUAGCUUUGUGCUGUGGAGAUGAGGAGGAGGAAGGGGAUGCGAAAGAGGAAGUGGAAAACCUAAAAGUGAGAAGUGACCAGGAGCUAAAGAUGAGAGAUGAUAUUCACUUGGGGUUCAAGGAGACGUUUGUGGAUGAGCAGACAGUGGAGAUGUUGUGUGUUCUGGACACUGAGAAUCAGAUUGGCCUUGACAGACUACAGCCCACCCUACCUUUAUACAUCAGCAGAGAGUCAGGAGUUUAAUCAGUGGUUAUGACUGCCCUUCCAUUUGUUUCCUCUCUUUGUGUGCAUCCUACCAAAGUAUUGAACUUGUGUAAAGAUAAAAGAUGGAGGACACAAUUUAAUCUAUACAUGGGCUGGAGGAGAAGGAUGUUUUUUCACGAAAUCCACACAGCUUUAGCUCAUAAUCUUGCUUUGUUUUCAGGUCACGUAUACUUUCAGUUGUAACAUCAGCAUCAAGAGAAUGCACAACUUGUCUUCUUUUAAACAUGGUGACCAGGUAUACACAUAAAUCAUCAAGUAUCUUGAAAACUUAAUUGCUGUCUUGUUUUAUGAUCUCUGUAUGAUUGACACGUAAAUCAAGUUUUUUAUUCUUGAUUUCCAUUUCCAUUUUGUAUAUAUGAUACGCUUUACUUUACUUAAGGAUUUUACAUCAUAAACACAUACAUCUUAUAAAAGAAAAAUCUAUUUAUUUUAUAGGCAGCAUGGCACAAAUGUUUCAAACGUUAACACUUGUUUUUUCCUGUAAAAAUUAAUAAUUUCUGUAUUUUGAACUUCUGUCUUCCUGCUUGAUUUCUGCGACUUUUCCACUUUCCAUUUGAUAAGUAAGCUAUUUUUUUUUUCUUCAAAAUUCAUCACAGUGUAUCCUUUAAUGAUAACUAAGCACAAAUAUGAUCCUUAUCCAUGAAGCAGAAUUCAAACAGUUAGUGAAACCGGUGCAAAUGAAGAAAGAGCACUUUAUUCUUACUUUUAUUAAUAGAUACAGACACUUUGCAAAUGUGUGAUGUUUUGUAUGAACAAAGCACCCAAUAAACGACAGUUGAUAAUUGAA